UUUGGAACAUUGCAUGUACACUUUAGAAUCUAAUUUAACAAUAAACCGUGAGUAGUGAUAUAACAUUAAAACUUCUUAAAGCUCUCAGAUUUGUUUUUUGGCACCGUCCCUUAUAAACUUCUUGAAAGAGCUUAAAAACAUAAAAUUAAAAUAAUUUUGAAAAAUUUAUAAACCUUCCCUUUUAUAUAUAAAAUUUCUUUUUAAAAAAUAAUUAUCAAUUCCCUCAGAAAAUCAAUUUCCAAUCAAACCCUUUCCUGUACUUUCCCCAAAUGCAAUACCUUGCCACCCCCACCGCAUUACCCAGCAAACAGAGAAGAAAGCUAGUAUUAGCAUUCCCUGUGUUCUUUUUCUUCACAUGGCUUCUGUGGAAAACUCUGUGAAAACCCUUGAGCACUGCAUCGUUUCUCCUUCAUCUGCAACCCACUUCACUCUCCCUCUAACCUUCUUUGACCUUUUCUGGCUAAGGUUCCAUCCAGUUGAGCGCAUCUUCUUCUAUUCCCUCCAUGCUCCACAAUCACACCCUUCAUUUUUCUUUCACAACGUGGUUCCAAAGCUCAAAACCUCACUCUCUCACACCCUCCAACACUUCCUCCCUUUAGCUGGUAACAUCGUUUGGCCUUCUGAUUCUCCCAAACCCUUCAUCCAAUUCAACCCUGGUGAUGAUGGUGUCUCCUUAGUCCUAGCACAGUGUGAUGAUGAUGAAUGCUUCAAUCACGCCUUGGAUUAUUCACCCCGUGAUGCCACAGAAUCUCGUGCUUUGGUACCCCACUUGGAAUCAUCAGAUUCUGUUGCUUCAGUUAUCUCCUUGCAGAUAACCCUUUUCCCGAACAAGGGCUUUUGCAUUGGCAUCAGCGCUCACCAUGCUGUUCUUGAUGGAAAAUCUUCAACUAUGUUCAUCAAGGCUUGGGCAUAUGUAUGUAAAUCCAGCAAAGAAGAAUCAUCAUCACCAACAUCUUUGGUGCCAGAGUUAGAGCCUUUCUUUGAAAGGGAACUCAUCAAAGAUCCAAUUGGUUCUCUUGAAAAAGUGUUCAUAGAUAACUGGUUACAGAUUCCAUCACAAUUAAAGGACCAUUUUGAAACCAGCAACGGACGGAGCUUAAAGAUUAUGUCAACACCCAUUCAGAACCAUUCAGUUCGAGCCACGUUCGAGCUCACACGUGGAGAUUUGGAUAAGAUAAAGAAAAGGGUGUUAUCCAAGUGGGAAUCAGUGGCAGAAGAAGCAAAACCAAUAUUCACUUCUUCAAAACCUAGUACUUUGUCUACCUUUGUCAUUUCCUGUGCUUAUGUAUCUGUGUGCAUUGCUAAAGCCUUUCAAGAAGCAGAAAAGGUUGAAAAAUUCGUUUUGGGGCUCAAUGCUGAUUGCAGGGCUCGGUUAGAGCCUCCAAUCCCUGAGAACUAUUUCGGCAACUGUGUGGUUUCUCAUGCAGCGGAUACACAAUCGAAGGAUUUUAUAAAAGAAAAUGGGGUGGUUAUUGUUGCUAAGAAGAUUUGGAAUAAAGUAAAAAUGCUUGAUAAGGGAGCAUUUGAUGGAGUAGAUACAUAUAUUCCUAGGCUUAUGUCUAUGUUAAGUGAGGGAGUUAAGGUAAUUGGAGUUGCUGGGUCGAACCGGUUCGGUCUUUAUGGAACUGAUUUUGGUUGGGGAAGACCUGCUAAGGUGGAGCUGACAUCGGUCGAUAGAGGUUUAACCAUUGGGUUGGUAGAUAGAAAGGACGGGUCUAGUGGGGUUGAAGUGGGGCUCGUUCUGAACGAGCAUGUGAUGGAUCUGUUUCAUGAAAUUUUCCAUUCAGGGUUACACUAUGAUUGAGCAAGAUAUAUCUAUUUAUUAUUGCUAUAAAGUGAAGUCUGUGAGUUUUUUGUUUUUUUUAAUUUCUUUUAUCGUUCAUUCACCAUCUGAAUUUAAUCUUUCUGGUUGUGUUCAGUAGCUAAGGAUGAUAUGUAAAGUUUGGACCCGAAUCCAGUGUGA